UAUUUAUUCCAAUACUUAUCUCGCCCCAUUCGCCACAAAAGCCUACCCGAAUAUCUGUAUCUCUAGUCUCUCUACUUCUCAAGGUUCUGCAAUGAAGGGAGGUAAAUCCAAAGCCAACCUCGAUAACAAGCUCGCCGUGAAGAAAGGUAAGAUGGAUAAGAAGAAACCGAAGGCUGCCAAGGAUCCAAACAAGCCGAAGAGACCUCCCACUGCCUUCUUCGUUUUCAUGGAGGAGUUCCGCAAGACGUUCAAGGAGAAUAAUCCAGGGAACAAAUCCGUAUCCGUUGUCGGUAAAGCGGGAGGAGUCGAAUGGAAAAAUAUGUCUGAAAAAGAUAAAGCUCCAUACAAAGCAAAAGCAGAUAAAAGGAAGCGGGAAUACGAGAAGACCAUGGAGGCCUACAAUAACAAAGAGACUGUUGCCCCGGUGGAAGAAGAUGAAUCUGAUAAGUCAAAGUCUGAAAUAAACGACAACAAUGAAGAUGAUGACAGUGUUGAGGCAGGAGGGCAGUUUAGAGGAGGAGGCUUAAGAAAUGCGUUGGAAGGAAUUGUCGUUGUCUCACUCGCGGCCGUAUAUCUAUGAUCAUCUAUCUAUAUACUGCACUAGGAAUAUUUUGUAGACCCGUUUCAGUCUGCAUGAACAAAAUGCUUAUGCAUUCUCCUUUUGCUUUCCCCGUAGAAUUAUUUUUACUUACACCGAGUACAAAAAAACGCUUAUGUACUUUUGACUUUCUUUUCCCCGUACUUUUACGCUUAUAGUGUCAUUCUUAUCAAGUACUAUGAACAUUCUAGGCCCCUAGGCCUAGAAGGGGGUAAAUGCUUACUUCCCCUUGUGAAUUCUGAUGAUAGCUUUAGUUUUUACAAAGAAUAGAAUGCUUUUCCUCAUUUGAGCACAAACUUGCCUUACUAAUGUAAUACGUAUAUUUUAAGAUACAAAUUGGCAUUUAACAUUUUUAGGUGAAAAAAAUGUGACUAAUGCUUC